AAUUCAAUUCAAUCCUCAUAAUUGGUUUCUUACGUUGGAUUCUGCUCAACUGUAACUAAUUUUAAGGAAUACUAUCAGAGCCCAUAACACUUCCCAAGCAGUUCAAUUUCCUGUAAACGAUUCAAGAAGACCGCGACCCACAAACAUUUUCCUCUCCGCAGUCCGCACCAGGGUUUCAAUGGAUGCUCGGGCUUCUAAUAGCUUUGAAACUGCUGAAUCAGACUCUGCAAAAGUAAAAUUACCUGAAAGUGUUUCAUAUGAUGCUCAGGGUAUGGAAGAAGCAAGAAAUGCCACGGAAGUUUUAAGUAGAGCAGAUUUGGACCUAGCAUACUCUUCUCACAAAUUGGUGAAUUUGGGUAAUCUUUUAAUGCGUGUUUUAGCCUGGCAAAAUGAUGUGAAAUCAGUUGUUGAAUAUGAUGAUAUCUCCCCAGAAUUUAUUGAGAAGGCAAUGGGAUUUGAUAUCUUGAGUGCUAUUUUGAACUCUGAGGUAAGAGAGCUGGAUAAGUUUAUGGGCAGUGUUCAUGCUGUAGUAAUUAAUGCUCGUCAUAAGAUAACUUCAUGCGGAAAGCUACAUGAUUUGUCCAGCAUGGUGGAAAGUAAAAUGCAUGACACUGAAGAAUCAGUGAGAAGAUUGCAGGAUCAUAUCCUUGAGAUGAAAAUGCAGUUAGCCAAGCUGCAGAUGACAUCAUUAGCUUUCAACCAAAAUGAAUGGAGCUUUAACAUAGGUGUGGAUUUAUCAGAAAACUCUGAAGUUCCAGGAAUAUAUCUGAAGCCACAACUGGAGUCAGUUGAACAGCGACAUAUUCUAAGAAUGUUGGAAAAAUCGCUUGCUAGGGAGCUAGAUCUUGAGAAGAAGUUAACAGAAAUAAAACAAAAUGAAGAAGAUAUUAAGUUAAAGCUUCAAUUAACUGAACAAGUGGCUCUGUUCAUGGAAGAGGCAGCGGAGGUAAUUUGGGGUAGGUUCCUGGAGGCUGAAAAUACAUCAGAGGUUCUUAUGGGCAUAUCUAAGGAGAUGGUUGGUCGGCUUCAAAUUGCUCGAUUCAACUUAGAUAAUGCAAUACAAAGAGAAAGCAAUUUAGAUUCUAAACUCCAAUAUUACAUUGCACAAUCAAAUGCAAAAGAUAAUACAAUGGAAAAGCUUGGUAAGAAAAGGGCACAGCUUGUUGCUGAAACUGCUGAAGCUGCUUCUCUAAGGGAAAGAGUGAAAUUACUAGAAGAGCACUUGAGAGAAUCAGUAUCUCAGCUGAAGGCAGAAAAGGAAACAAAUGAGACAAGUCAAGUGCAACUUGCAGAAAUGGAUGGUAUCAUUGAAUCCAUGAGAGAAACCAUUGAUGAAUUUGAGGCUAGAGCUGAGAGUGCAGAAGCCAAGGUUACUCAGCUAACUGAAACCAACUCAGAACUAACUGAAGAACUCAAUUUUCUGAAAGGAAGUAAUGAUACUAAUAACAAAAAGGUGAGCUUAAUCGAGAAGCAGUUGAGAGACCUAGAACUGCAACUUCAGCAUUCCAGGGCUUCAUCAGAAGCAAGUCAAGAGCAGCAAAACAUGUUGUAUACUGCAAUUUGGGACAUGGAAACUCUUAUUGAUGAGUUGAAGCAAAAAGUCUUCAAAGCUGAAAACAAGACUGAGAAUGCUGAGGAGCAAUGUGUGGUGCUGUCAGAAGCUAAUUUAGAACUCAAUAAAGAAGUUGAAUUUCUGAAGACUAGAAUGGAGUCCUUGGAUACAACUCUGGAUCAGGCCACUGUUGAGAAAAUGGCGAGUGCAAAAGACAUAAAUAUCAAGACCAAUGUGAUUAUGGAUAUGGUCAUGCAACUUGCAAUGGAAAGAGAGCGCAUAAACAAACAGUUCUAUGAUUUAGCAAAGGAAAAUAAAUUGCUCAAGGAGAAAUUAAGGAAAGCAAAGAAGGCUGAGUGUUUUGCUUCAUGCAGCAACACAGAUCAGAAGGAAGAAGAGCUUCCUUCACUCAGAGUUGACUUAACUGCUGCUACAUCAUGUACACUAGCUUCACAUGAGAAGGCAGCAGAAUUCGCAGACUAUAGCAUCCAGGUGGAGGAAACACUUAAAACAGCAUCUGCAGAUCAUCAUGAAAUAGAAUCCUCCAUUUCUCCAGAAGAUAGCAGCAAUUUGGUUCUGAAACUGGAUGAUGUGAAUGUAGUAGACACAGGGAGGACCAGUCGAACAUACAUCUUCAUGGCAACUUUGGUUGUACUGCUUCCAGUUUUAGCAGCAUAUUUCUUGAACAGGGAACAAGCCAUUUUCAACCUCAUCGAGGGUUAACUCGCGGUUGCCUUUGCAUGGAAGACAUUCCUUUUUCUCGACUGUACAUAAUUCUUGGCCGUAGUGCUUGUCGUAUUUCAUUCAUUCAUCAUUGUUGCAAUUGUAAUUUUUGCUGCUUGCCCCGCAAUUCUUUUCAGAAUGAGUUUUUAGAUUGUGUAAAUGCAGUAGGUGAGGUCUUUAACUACACUCUGAAUAUCAGAAGCUUUCCAAGCACAUCAUUUGGGACA